CACUAACUGUUAUAGCAACAUAGAGCUCAGUAUAGCCAGUGAUUAUGUUAAAGAUCAGUUUUAAAAAGUGUCUUGAACUCGCUGUUUUCAGUAUCUCCAGUCAGUAGCUAGGGCAGCCAGCAAAAUGCUGCAGCGUUGUAACUCUCCGUUGAGCCAGGAGUCAGUUGGAUCAUCUGUUAGUGUCAAAGUUUUCAGACUUGAGGUCUCCCAGUCCCGAAAACCGUCUGUUCCGGAGAAAGCACCAGAGAAAGUUGAGGAACCGGCUCCAGUAGAGAAACCAGUAGAACCAGUCAUGGCUGAGCUCACUGUUGGAAUUAAUGGAUUUGGCCGUAUCGGGCGUCUGGUCCUCCGAGCCUGCCUGGAGAAGGGACUCAAAGUGGUGGCCAUCAAUGACCCCUUCAUUGACCUCAACUACAUGGUGUACAUGUUCAAGUAUGACUCCACUCAUGGGCGCUACAGCGGCGAGGUGAAGGCUGAAGAUGGCAAGCUGGUGGUGGACGGCAGUGAGAUCUCGGUGUUCCAGUGCAUGAAGCCCAGUGAGAUUCCCUGGGGUGACGCAGGAGCUCUCUACGUUGUCGAGUCCACCGGAGUCUUCCUCAGCAUUGACAAAGCUUCGGCCCAUAUACAAGGUGGAGCCAAGCGAGUGGUGGUGAGCGCCCCCUCCCCUGAUGCUCCCAUGUUCGUCAUGGGUGUCAAUGAGGACAAGUAUGACCCAUCCAGCAUGACAAUUGUCAGCAAUGCCUCCUGCACCACCAACUGCCUGGCGCCUCUGGCCAAGGUGAUCCAUGACAACUUUGGCAUUGUGGAAGGACUCAUGACCACAGUGCAUGCCUACACUGCCACACAAAAAACUGUGGAUGGACCCUCUGCCAAGGCCUGGCGCGACGGAAGGGGCGCCCACCAGAACAUCAUCCCAGCAUCCACUGGUGCUGCCAAAGCAGUUGGCAAGGUCAUCCCAGAGCUGAACGGGAAGCUCACCGGCAUGGCGUUCCGUGUGCCUGUCUCUGACGUCUCCGUCGUGGACCUAACCUGCCGCCUUGCCAAGCCGGCGACCUAUGCUGAAAUCAAAGAGGCCAUGAAGAAGGCUUCCGAGGGCCCCAUGGCUGGGAUCCUGGGGUACACAGAAGAUGAGGUGGUCUCUUCUGAUUUCAUCGGCGACAGCCAUUCCUCCAUCUUUGACGCUGGAGCUGGGAUCUCCCUCAAUGAUAACUUUGUGAAGCUCAUCUCCUGGUAUGACAACGAAUAUGGCUACAGUAACCGUGUUGCAGACCUCCUGAGUCACAUGUACACCAAGGAGAACUGAGCGCCUGUCCCACAUACAUUCCAGGCCAUCUGAAGAAUCCGCCUCACCCCCUCUAGACAUAUUUGGCCACGAGAUCCAUCCUAUCUUAAUGCUUCAACCACACGGCCCCAAACGCUGCGCCUCGUCUGUCCCCGUAAACCUUCGUGCGUGUCCGUGUGCGUGUGUGAAUCCUGCUCUCUCAGUGGCCUGCGUGCGCCUAACCAGAAAACUGCACCAACGCCUCCCCCAGGGGAAGGAGUCUAGCCCUGGGUUAGUAGUGGUCUGUGGCGGUAGUGUCAUUGAGAUUUCAUAAGUGUUGGAAAUAAAAGCCACUUAAAGUUGCGGAAAUGUG